AUGUUCCCGGUCAAAUUUGACUUGAACAUCAAGGUCAAUAACGUGCACACAACGACUAUUGCUGCGCGCCCCUCGUCAUCGCAUUCGCACACACCUUCACCCUCGCAUGCACCCUCGCAUCCGCAUACAUCGUCACAGACGAAGACGACGAGCUCCAGUGCAGUAAAGAAGCCUACGGCAUCCAAGUCUUCCUCUUCCACUUCAGCGAAGAAGACGUCUUCUAGUAGCGGAACCAAGAAGACCUCGACGACGAAGACUGCGCACAAGACGACUGGUCACAAGCAUUGA